AUGGUGGGCGUCACGACAGACUACAUCAGUGCAGGAGGCAAUCGCCAUCCCGGUGCCGCGGAUUGGGAUGUGCAGACCGGCGUGCUCGCCUUUGGCGCGGACAACAAUGUCGCCCUCUGGGACCCUCUUGACAAGUCUGACCGCGGUAUCUACUCCUUGCUUGUUGGCCACACCGACAAAGUGAGCGCAGUGCGGUUUUAUACCUGCCCCUCCUCGGGAUCGAAAUUCAUCAUAACCGGCUCGGUCGACCGCACGCUGCGCGUAUGGCAAAGCCAGAGCCCUGAAAUGCACAAGUAUGCUCUGGUAGCAACCUUGGAGGGCCAUACUGGAUCUGUGAAUGCGAUUGCAGUCAACAAUGGAACUGAUAUCAUCGCAUCUGGAGCGGCUGAUGGGACGGUGCGAGUUUGGAGAAUCAGCACACAUGACCAAGUGAAGGGCGAAUUACUCGACACAAUUAACAUGACACCCCGCUUUUUCCCAUUAUCUUUGUCACUACAGGGUCUCGGGGACGAUGCGGAUAAGCCUUUGGUCUUGGCUGUUGCAGGUACAAUGACCAAAGUGCACAUCUACGUCUCGGAAAACUCCAGCAAGCCGGAGUUCAAGCGCCGUGCUGUGCUUGCAGGACAUGAGGCUUGGGUGAAGUCCCUCUCGUUCACCCAGGACAAGCAGAGCAAGGAAGGCGAUAUCCUGCUGGCAUCUGCUAGUCAAGAUAAAUACAUCCGUCUUUGGCGUCUGCACCGUGGUGAGGCAAAUGCUCCAGCUCCUAUUGAUGACACAGAUCCAUUGCUUGGAGGAAUGGAACCCACGCUUUCCAACAAGGCCCAUGAAUUUGAGGCGAAGGGAUCAAAGUAUUCAAUUACAUUUGAAGCUUUGCUCUUUGGGCACGAAGAUUGGAUUUACACCACUGCUUGGAACCCAGACCCCAAGCGCCAACAGCUUCUCUCGUCCUCUGCAGAUAACACCAUUACAAUUUGGGAACAGGACCAAGCGUCGGGCGUUUGGAUGUCCGCAGAGAGAAUGGGAGAAAUUAGUGUCCAAAAGGGUUCCACUACCGCAACUGGUAGUGCUGGUGGUUUCUGGAUUGGUCUUUGGUCACCAGAUGGCAAGCAGGUUGUCAGUCUUGGUCGCACAGGCAGCUGGAGAGUCUGGAAACAGGACUCUGAUUCGGACCUUUGGGUGCAAAAAUUCGGCAUCACGGGCCACGUUCGCUCAUCCAAUGGAAUUCAAUGGGAGCCUACCGGCGGCUAUCUACUAUCGACAAGUGCUGAUCAGACAACGAGACUCCACGCCAAAUGGGUGCGGGAUCAGGUGAGCUCGUGGCACGAGUUCUCUCGCCCCCAAAUUCAUGGCUAUGAUCUGAAUUGUAUCGACACACUUGGUCCUUCACAGUUCGUCUCCGGCGCAGAGGAGAAACUUCUGCGUGUUUUCAAUGAGCCCCAGCCCAUUGCCGAGCUGCUCGAAAGACUCACUGGCUUCAAACAAUCGGGCCAGGAUCUUCCCGACACUGCAGAGAUUCCGGUACUGGGCCUCUCUAACAAAGCCCUUGGAGAUGAAGCACCGGUCGAGGAGGACGAGGGAAAAGCACCAGCAGAGGCACCAGCCCCUUCAUUCUCUUCAACCACCAACCAUCCGCCCCUUGAGGACCAACUGUCCCGUCACACACUCUGGCCAGAGCAUGAGAAGCUUUACGGCCACGGAUACGAGAUUUCCGCAGUGGCAGUUAGCCAUGAUCGCAAAGUCAUCGCUACCGCUUGCAAGGCUAGUUCUAUCGACCAUGCAGUCAUUCGCCUGUACGAUACUUCAGAUUGGCAUGAGAUCAAGCCGUCUCUCACAGCGCACUCAUUGACCAUUACUGAUCUCUCUUUCUCGGCUGACGAUCGCUAUCUUCUCAGCGUUGGACGUGAUCGUCAGUGGGCAAUCUUCCAGCGCAGCGACUCGGAUGCCACUACGUUUACAAACCUCGUUUCGACCCCCAAAGGCCACUCCCGAAUGAUUCUAGGUGCCGACUGGGCUCCAGUCACAACGGAUCACGUCUUUGCCACUGCGGGACGUGACAAGUCCGUCAAGAUCUGGCAAAGGUCUGAAGACAACUUUGCCUGUAAAACCUCUAUCCCCCUGACCUCUGCGGUCUCUGCAAUUGCUUUCUUACCCAUCACAUACAAGGGAUCCUUCAUUAUCGCAGUGGGCGAAGAUAGUGGUGUCAUUUCUAUCCACCAAAUUGCCGCCGAAACCUUUGAAGUAGCUCAUGUCGUCACAGUUGACAGGGAAGUUUCGCCUUCUAAGACGAUUACCCAACUGUCAUGGCGUCCAGUGCUACCCGAAGCAGAGAGCAAGGAUCAGUUUGAAUUGGCGGUGGCGAGUGAAGACACUUCCACGCGCAUAUAUGCUAUUUCUAGCAUGCUCGCAUGA